CGCUCGGACGCGGCGAACGCGCGACGGGCGAUGGCGAUGGCUUCGUCCGCGGCAUCGACGACGGCGCGCGCGAUGCCGCCGUCGUCGUCGCCGUCGCGCGGCGCGCGUCGUCGCGCACGCGGCGCGCGCGGCGGUGCCCAGGCGAAGAGAGGGCGAGGACGAGGACGACGCCCGCCUCACGCCGUGGCGUCGGACGACGAGGAGGCGCAGUGGACGCCCACGGGUGCGAACGCGACCGCACCUUCGAACGCGCUGGCGCUUUCGAGAUCAGACGGGGGAUCACAGGCGACGACUUUGACGGCGGCGCGCGAGAGCGAAGUCGACCUCUUCGCGCGAUUCGCGCACACGCACGCGGAACUGGUGGCGAGAAUGAUGUCCAACGACGACGAUGGCGAUGACGCGAAAUGUAUGAUUUAUUUGCGUGGGUCCGGUGGGACGACGAGCAUGCGGUUGACGCGCGUCGCCGCCUGGCCGCGGCGAGGGGCGUCAACGGCGUCGACGAAUAAAAAAUCAACUCUCAGCUUCACGGGAGAUUGGGACGAGGGGGGAUUCGACACGGAUAUUAGUGAAAACGUCGACGACGACGAAGACGGCGCGAGCGCGAUUGAUUGGGACGCACCCGAAGACACGUUGGCGUCUCAGAAAACUUUCGAUUUGCCGUCAGCGAACGCCGUCGUGGCGUGCUUGGCGUACGAGGAGUCUCUCAUCGGGCUCAUCGUCGUCGAACGCAUGGGACGAGACGCCGUGGGCGACGCCUCGGUGGCGUUUACGAAGAAACAGCGUAAGUCUCUCGAAGUCUCCGCGAGCGCCUUCGUAGACGCAUGGGCGAUUCAUAGGAACAAUGUCGUCGCCGUCGCCGCCGCGUACCGCGCCGAUCAAACCGUCGGUGGAUAUUUAUACGAGAGUCGGCAACCUCUAACCGCGCUGAGAACGCUCGGGGGCAUGCUGAAGACUUACUUGAAGCCGGACGAUCCGGCGGGUGAUAUGGCGGAGGCGUUAGUGCAGCAAGGAGACGCGCUCGCCGAGCUCAGCGUCAAGUUGGAGAGCGCUCUGUAUCCAAACUCAUCCAUCGAGCAACGAGGCGUGUUGUACGGUGCGAGCGGUGGCCGCACGGACGUCAGCGAAAAGUUUCUAACUGACGGCACACGCGCGCGCGUGACGUCGAAUUCGAUGAGGACCGACGCGUUGACAGUCGUCUCGAGCGAUGAAAUGUGCGACGUCACCAAGGUCGUCAUAACGCUUCUCGCGACAUCAGACGUCGUCGCGACAAGCAGCGGCUUGGCGAUGCGAGCGACGCUGCCCGAAAGUGAGAAUCCGGAAACAGUUGUCUAUGCGAGUCCGAAAGACGUGCGCUCUGCUCUAGCGCAGAUCAUCGACCUCGCGCUUAUGGCUGCUCCUCGCGGCGCCGUAAUAGACGUCGCCGUGGAAGAACCAUACGCGCGAGACGUCCAAACUGGCGUCGGCGUCGAAGUUAAGGUGGACGCAUCGCUUGCGAACGGUUCAGUGUAUGUGGAUACAGACGCUCCCAGCAUGCGCAUCGCUCGCCGUCUCAUCCAGCGCGCUGGAGGUGUUUUAGAAUGCGACAACGAACCGGGCGGCGAUACGAUGGCCAUACGCGUGCGAUAUCCUUCGCGCGAGUACGCGUAG